UGCCGCUGCUGCUGGCCCUUUCUGCUCGCUCGCUUGCUGUGCGCUGCGAGAGCGAGACAGAGAGAGCGAGAGAGGGGGAGAGAGAGGGAGAGAGGGUGCCCGAUCGAUCGCGGUGCGCAAUCUUUCUUGUCAUUGCCUCGACUCUCGAUCGGGGAGGUAUCGUGCUCAGGCUUCGGAUGGCAGUGCUACCGAGCACGCAGCAGAGGUAGGCGGAUUUUGGCCCCAGGUGCGGCAAGGAACGGUGCCCUCCCCGAGGUUUGGUGAUCGAGAGCUGCAGAUCUGAGGGUUUGCCCUCGCAGUCGUGGCCGAACAAUACCAGGAAUAUCGAGAGUUCCUCGAGGAGACGGGGGUUUUCAGGACCUCGUGAAAGAUCUCUGGCGAGCCGCAAGGCUUGCGUAGGAAAUUGAAGAUGCGGGAAACAGCGGGGACGGUGCUUUGGCAGGCGGUUUGUGUCGUUGCGGUGUUGUUUUUCCAAUCGUGUGGGGCCUCGGAGUACGAUCAUAAGUACGCAGAUGGUGAUUCUGUUACUCUGUGGGUGAACAAAGUGGGUCCUUACAACAAUCCUCAAGAAACGUACAACUACUACAGCCUGCCCUUCUGCAAGCCAAGUACUCGAGAGCCGAAUCACAAAUGGGGAGGACUCGGAGAAGUACUGGAGGGAAACGAGCUUAUUGACAGCGAUAUUGAGAUCAAGUUUAAAGUCCCUGUCGAGAAGACCGUCAUUUGUAAGAUUGAGGACGUCAAACCGGAGGAUGCCAAACAGUUCAAAGAGGCAAUUGAGAAUACAUACUGGUUCGAAUUCUUCAUGGAUGACCUGCCUCUUUGGGGAUUUGUUGGUGAACCUCACAAUGAUAAGAGAGAUGAGAACAGCAGAGCUCUACUGUAUACUCACAAGAACUUCAUUGUGAAGUACAACGGUGAUCAGAUUAUUCAAGUGAAUCUGACUCAAGAUAAUCCUCAACCCAUCGUAGCGGGAAGGCCUCUGGAGCUUACCUACUCGGUCAAGUGGGUAGCCGUCACCACCUCCUUUGCCAGGCGUUUUGAUGCCUACUUGGACUAUCCUUUCUUUGAGCAUCAGAUUCAUUGGUUCUCUAUCUUCAACUCUUUCAUGAUGGUCAUCUUCUUGACUGGACUUGUUUCCAUGAUCCUUAUGCGCACUUUACGAAAUGAUUACGCAAAGUAUGCUCGAGAGGAAGAUGACUUGGAGACUCUGCAAAGUGAUGUAAGCGAAGAAUCAGGAUGGAAGUUAGUCCAUGGUGAUGUCUUCCGAUCCCCACGGAACUUGGUACUUUUGUCAGCACUCGUUGGAACAGGAGCUCAGCUAGCAAUGCUUAUACUCUUGGUCAUUCUCUUUGCCAUCAUAGGGAUGCUCUAUGUCGGUCGUGGAGCUAUCGUCACCACCUUCAUAGUCUGCUAUGCUCUUACAUCUUUCAUCGCGGGAUAUGUCAGUGGAGGUUUCUACUCUCGCAAUGAUGGCAAACACUGGAUUAAGUCCAUGCUUCUUACUGCUUCUCUGUUCCCAUUCACCUGUUUUGGAAUCGGCUUUCUUUUGAACACCGUGGCCAUAUUUUACCAUUCUCUGGCUGCCAUCCCUUUUGGAACUAUGGUCGUGGUCUUCAUUAUCUGGGCCUUCAUUUCAUUCCCUCUUGCACUUCUGGGAACCGUCGUUGGUCGUAAUUGGAGUGGUGUACCUGAUAAUCCCUGUAGAGUAAAGACCAUCCCUCGACCAAUUCCUGAAAAGAAGUGGUAUCUUACACCCUCUGUGGUUGCGUUGAUGGGUGGGCUACUACCAUUUGGAAGCAUCUUCAUAGAAAUGUACUUCGUCUUCACAUCUUUCUGGAACUACAAGGUAUACUACGUUUACGGGUUCAUGCUACUUGUCUUCCUGAUAUUGGUCAUCGUCACAGUUUGUGUUACUAUAGUCGGUACCUACUUUCUGCUUAAUGCAGAAAAUUAUCACUGGCAAUGGACAUCCUUCUUUUCUGCAGCAUCAACGGCUGGUUAUGUGUACUUGUAUUCCAUAUACUACUACUUCAUGAAAACAAAGAUGUCUGGGUUUUUCCAAACAAGUUUCUACUUCGGCUACACCGCCAUGUUCUGUAUUGGGCUAGGAAUACUUUGCGGUGCCGUGGGCUAUCUUGGCUCGUCCACUUUUGUCAGGAGAAUUUACAGAAACAUCAAGUGCGAUUAGGCCUGAAGUUUCUUCAUUCUAAGGUGUGGAGGGGGGACCUCUGGUGCACUUAGUCUUAUUGCAAAUUGAAACUCCGCCAUAGCAAUAUGUCGUCUUACGUUCCCAUUCUUUCUGGUAGUUAAUUAUUUUAACAUAUUUGCGAUAAGAUGACACACCGGUUGAGGCAGUCUCCACCCCUUUUGGAAGAGCCCAAAGUACGCAAUCCAGAAUUAGGUAGAAGCUUCCCAAAAUGAUGGGUAUUGAUCAGUCAUAUCCUGACUCCUAACAUUUUGCACGGCAAAGAUGGGGCUUGUCUUUAGUGCACUCUGUGAGUUGCUCCAAGAGGACGGAGCAGUUCCAGAUGAAAAUUGUUAUGCAGACUGCAGGCUGUCAGGGAAAUUGUUACCAGGAAGGUGAACGGUAAAUGGUGACCUUUGUGCCCAGAGUUCUGGGCCAGGUGUUCUUUUUUUUCGCGGCAUGAUGUAGAAGUUUGCCAGCUUUGGCUGUUGUAAGCAGGGGGAUAAACAAGUCAGGUUUACGGCAACUAGGAAUCAGUCGCUAGGAGGGAUCUGCUUUUGUAGUAUGCAUGGACUCUCUUCGAAUGAAGCAUUGGAUAGUAGGUUAGUGCACAGGUUAGUCUGUCCAGGCCAAGUGGGGUAUUUGCAUGAGAAAAUGGCAGGCUUCUGCCUGGUUGUUAAUGUAAAGCUAUUUGUUGAGUUCCUUUGGAGCUUUCAAGAUAAGACUGCAAGUCAGUUUCAAAGCAUCGUGAUUCGUAAAAAAUUUCCGAGUCAAUGCUUAAUCCCCACCAGAGAGAUUAUGUCGUUAUGAAGGAAUUAGUUGACGAAAGCACGUGUACAAACCAAUGCAGCUCAGCUUAAUCCAUCCAUUCUGAUUGCUCGGUCGAAGCGAUUAGUAGAGUUUAGUUGAUGGCCAGUUAUCCAAAUGAUGUCAUAAGUAUUG